CGUCGUGAAAACAUUGUGCAGUACUUUGGAGCAUCAGUGCAUCUUGGUUUGGUCACCAUGGCGGAAGCGUGUCGAGAGCAGGAUUCUCCGCGUACACACAUGAGUGACGAGUGUGGUAAGGAGUUUCGUUACUCGAGUGAUCUGAAGAGACACGUGCGGACUCACACAAGCGAUAAACCUUACCGAUGUGAUAAAUGUAACAAAAGCUUCAGUCUGCUGAGUCAUCUGAAGCGACACAUGCGGACUCACGCCGGUGAGAAGCCGUAUCAAUGUGAGGAAUGCAGCAGGUGGUUCCGUAGACUGUGUGACCUGAGGACGCAUAUCAAAACCCACACUGGUGGAAAGCCUUACAGAUGUAAGGAGUGCGGCAAACAGUUUAGCGGAUUGUCACAUUUUAAGAGGCACAUGCGAACUCACACUGGCGAGAAACCCUACAGGUGUGAAGAGUGCAGCUUGCAGUUCAGUGUUCCAGGAAAUCUAAAGACACACAUGCAGACUCAUACCGGUGAGAAACCCUACAGAUGCGGUGAGUGCAACAUGCAGUUCAAUCAACUGGGUCACCUGAAGACACAUAUGCAAACUCACACAGGUGAAAAACCUUACAGAUGCGAGGAAUGUGGCAGGCAGUUCAGCAGGCUGGGUAGUCUGAAGAGACAUAUGCGGACUCACACUGGUGAAAAACAGUUCAUGUGUGAGGAUUGCGGCAUGCAGUUUAGCAGACUGGAUCAUCUGAAGGAACACACGAGAAGUCACACAGGUGAGAAACCGUACGGAUGUGAGGAGUGCAGCAAGCAGUUUACCAAGUUGUCAGCUCUGAAGACACACAUGCGGACUCACACAGGUGAAAAACCUUACAGGUGUGAGGAGUGCGGCAAACAGUUUAGCCAACUGUCAGAUCUAAAGAGGCACAUGCGGACGCACACUGGCGAGAAACCCUACAAAUGUGAGGAGUGCAGCAGGCAGUUUAGUGUGCUAGGCAAUCUAAAGGCACACAUACGGACUCAUACAGGUGAGAAACCGUACAGAUGUGAAGAGUGCAACAAGCAGUUUAGCCAGCUGACUGAUCUGAAAGACCACAUACGGAUCCAUACAGGAGAGAAACCGUAUAGAUGCGAACUGUGCAGCAGACAAUUUGCUCGAAUGUCUGGUCUGAGGCAACACAUGCGCACUCACAAACGUGAGAAAGACGAACAGAUGCGAGGAGCACUGAAAGCAGUUUAGGGACAUGCAUACAGACUCAUACAGGUUACAAAUGUAUCGACACUGCUGGAAAAUGUAGCAAAAGGUUUUGGCAGUUAAGUAGUCUGAAUGUCUAGUAGACAUGGAAUCUCACACUAGCGAAAACCCUCUAGUGUCCAUGUAAAGAUUACUAUUAUGUGGUAUCAUUUGAGUCGUUAGCGAGAUUCUCCUUUAGCAAUCUGUACCUCUUAGUUACUGUUUUCUAGUAGUGUAUGACUCCAUUGUACACUUACUAUUCCAUGCUCCGUAGCCCGUUGACUAGAAAUAGAACUCGUGCGUAAAAUGUAAUUGUUGAGUGUUUAGACAAUUGUAACAGAGUUACACGAUAAAAGACCGUUUGGUUGACGUCGAGGCGCAUGGCCCGUCUGUUAAUGCACCUUGUUAACUAGUUUCGUCUUAUUUGCUUUUAAUUAACCACAGUAUGCAAGAUCCAUAGAAUUUAGAAUUAGUUAGCACCAUACAUGUUAGUUCUAAAUGCCUAAAAUGUUGGUAAGAUUUGUUUGUUUUCAAUGUGUUUUGUAAGAUUCACUUGUAGCUCUUAGCGAUUUAGAUAUAGUUGCAGCAUGUUACUUUAGUAAGGCAUCAAAUUAUUGUUCGUUUUCUGUAAGAUACAUAUGUAGCUAGUAGAGAUUUGUCAACUAUCUGCAUCUCAGUCUCACCAAUGAAUCAAAAAAAGUAAUCUGUCUUCUUCAUUGAAUUUUUCCUAAGAAUGUUGUCUAAUUUUCCCAUAUGCAAAUCAACGCAUGUAACAUAAUAAUUUCAGCAAUAAAUUCGGACAAUAUAUUUUAUUGAUCACCAACUUUAUUGUAAGUCUCCAACUCGGUCUCUAUUUUCUACGAACGAUAUUGUCUGAUUCUUCACUAUGCAAAUCAGCAUGGUGGUUUCCUUUGAGUCGUAAUCAAGUAAAACCUACCGGACCGGUUUAAUCCACCCACCCAGUCCCUAUAUAAACGCGUCCCUGACUGCUCUGUUUCUCUCAGUACUGAC